GUCCAGUUUCAGGUGAGAGGAUACAUUGAGGACAGGAGCUGAGGCUUCAAAGAACUAAAGGUUCUGAUGCUGGUUCUGUUCAAGUUGAUCCAUGGAUGAAAACUUCUCCUCAGACAUGUGGUGGGGGACGCUGGGCACCAUCCGACCCUUCCCCAACUUCCACCCGGACCGAGACGCGGCAGACAUCCAGACGGCGCUGGAGAGGAAAGACAUGGUGGUGCUGGUGAGGAUCCUGACCAACCGCAACAACGCCCAGAGACAAGCCGUCGCCCAGAGCUUCCAGGACAAAACCAAGCAGGAUCUGAGCGCUGCUCUGAAGAAGGUUCUGUCCGGAGACCUGGAGGAGCUGCUGCUGCAGCUGGUGAUGACGCCGGAGCAGCUGGAGGCCCAGCGGCUGAAGGCGGCCAUGGCGGGUCUGGGCACCGAUGAGGAAACGCUGCUGGAGAUCCUGUGUUCCCGCUCCAGGAAGACGCUGCAGGAAGUGGCUGCCGUCUACAGUCAGAUGUAUAAGAAGGAUCUGGAGAAGGAGCUGAAAGCAGAAACCAGUGGAGACUUCGCCCGGCUGGUUGUGGCUCUGCUGAAUAAAGCCGUUACUGUGGGCUCUGUCCAGAGAGACGUUCAGGCUCUCGCUGCAUCUCUCAGUGGGAAGAAAGCAGAAGCCGGACCCUGGAUCAACAUCCUGACGUCCAGAGACUCGGAUCACCUGGAUAAAGUGCUGAUGGAGCUGGAGCUGGAGACGGGGCAGGCUGUGGAUCAGCUGGUGGAGAAACACUUCUCUGGAGACUUCCGGCUCGGCCUGAGAGUUUUAGUUCAGUGCAUCCAGAACCCAGAGGUCUACUUCGCCCAGAGACUGCUCACCAUGAAGACGUCGCUGGUUCAGGGCAUCAUGGUGUCCCAUAGCGAGGAGGACCUGCUGCCAAUCCGCGCAGCGUUCCUCAGGCUCAGCGGAUCAUCUCUAUACUCCACUCUGCAGAAACAUUUUAAAGGGGAGCAGCUGCUGGCUCUGCAGGCCAUCUGUCGGUCUGAAGAUUAAACAGAACUGCCUCUCCUGUGUUUGUAUUUCACAUCUUUUUUUCAUAUUAAUGACGUUUCUGACUUUCCUCUAUAACUUAUUAACUUUUACCACUUUGUGCUGCUGGCACACUGUGGUUCUUUGUUUUAAUGUGUGACAUGAAGACAGAACUUAUUAAAACUUAAACAUGCAAACAAACA